AUGUCAUUCGCAACUAUUUACAGAGUCUUUUUUAAGAGAAACGCAGUCUUUGUUGGUACCAUCUUUGCUGCUGGUUUCGUUUUCCAACCUUUAUUCGAUUCAGGUAUCACCUCUUGGUAUGAAGCUCAUAACAAAGGUAAACUAUGGAAAGAUGUUAAAGCUCAGUUACAAUUAGUUGGUGAUGAAGAAGCUGCUGAUGACGAAUAA